CCUGUCUCUCUCUUCUUUGUAUUUGAAAAUGUUGCCCUCCACAAGCCAUUUGCCUACUACCGCGCCUGUCGCUGUCUUGUCUAGCCAAUGAUUAGUUUCUUUUUCUUCCUUCUCUCUCUAGCUCUCACUCGAUCCCACUUACAACCAAGAUAGCAAACAAUUGGAACCUGCAAUUAUCUUCACGAGAGAGGUUUAGUGAAGAUGGGAAAUUUAGAACCAUUUUAAUCCCGUAAGAGAUGCCUUGAUCAACAAAGCAAGAAAUGUUGAGAGGUCAAGGGAUUGCCUCCAUAAGAUCCAAGAGACAUAGCAAUUUAGAUACAAGUGAGAGAGGGAUUCUUCCCUCCAUUUUACAGUGGCUCAAUCACGGGGGAGAUCUUACAAAUCGGAGGCACGCAUAUGAAGAAGUUAUCAACCCGAAGAAAAUGUCAAAAAUGCGGCUGAAAUGGACAUUCUUCGCCGGUAAAGACAUAUCUGCGACACCCUCAGUGGCCAAUGGUGCGGUCUAUUUCCCAUCAUGGAAUGGAUAUUUGUAUGCUGUUAAUGCUUUCAAUGGUGCAUUGAUAUGGAGGCAGAACCUUACUAAAUUAACCGGAAUGGCUGGCACCGGAAUCGUAGUAAACGUAACCGUAUCGAGAUCGACGCCGACGAUAUACGGUAACCUUUUGAUUGUUGGAAUUUAUGGACCGGCUGUUGUGAUUGCUCUGGAUCGAUCAGAUGGGAGGCGCCUUUGGUUGACCCAACUUGAUUCGCGUCCUCGAUCACAGAUCACCAUGUCUGGCACAGCUCACAGGGGGGCAUUCUAUGUUGGGGUCUCAUCACUGGAAGUAGGAUUACCAGCAAAUCAAUGUUGCACAUUCGGAGGCAGCUUGGCGAAGCUUGAUAUUCAAACCGGUAGAGUCGUUUGGCGGACCUACAUGCUUCCCGAUAACGGUGGGAAAUUAGGAGGUUAUUCAGGUGCUGCUAUAUGGGGAAGCAGCCCUUCCAUCGACGUAAAGAGGAAACAUGUUUAUGUAGGAACGGGGCAACUUUACACAACUCCACCCGAGGUGGCAGAGUGUCAAGCGAAGCAGAACAAUCAGACAACAAAACCUAGUCAACCUGAUCAGUGCAUUGGGGAAGAUAUCCAUUACAAUUCAAUUUUGGCCUUGGAGUUGGAUUCCGGGAGGAUCGUUUGGUCCAGCCAACUUGGGGGCUAUGACGUAUUCUAUUUCGCAUGUCUAACCCCUAAUAACCCUGAUUGUCCGCCAGGGCCUAACUUAGAUGCCGACUUUAGCGCGGCUCCCAUGCUUCUUAGCAUAGAUGCUAAUGGAACGAAACGUGACGUUGCGGUUGCCGUGCAGAAAAGUGGGUUUGCAUGGGCUCUAGACCGCGAUAAUGGCAACAUAGUCUGGUUUAAGUUGGCUGGACCGGGUGGAUUGGAAGGAGGAGGGUAUUGGGGUGCAGCAACAGACGAGAGAAGGGUGUACACAAACAUAGCUAACAGCAACAGAACACUCUUCACUCUCCAACCAUCAAACCAGACAACGACGGCCGGCGCAUGGGUGGCUCUUGAUGCGAAUUCUGGAGAAAUAUUGUGGUCGACGGCGAACCCCAGUAAUGAGACUGCCAGUGGACCUGUCACGCUAGCGAAUGGAGUUCUAUUUGCUGGGUCUGUAGCUCCAAAUGGUCCGGUAUAUGCGAUGGAUGCAAAAACUGGGAAAAUCCUGUGGUCAAAUAAUACGGGUGCUACUGUCUUCGGGGGUGCAGCAGUGAGUUACGGAUGUGCUUAUAUUGGGAGUGGAUAUUCGAUUGGCCUGGCACGAUUCCACCCCACAUGGACUACCGGAACUUCACUCUUUGCUUUCUGCGUUCAGUGAGAGUCCCAUCGAUCCUUAAUAAAUAAGACAGUAAAUUAAAGGCAAAGAAUAAUAUAUAUAAACCUCAAGAUUUAAGUCAC